GCCGGCGGUGCGCGUCACUUCCGGGCGCCGCCGUAGGAGCGGAGGCGGCGGUGCCGGACGGCGGUGCGGAGCGGAGCGGAGCGGAGCGGAGCGGGACGGCGGGCCGGGCCUCGGCGCGGCCUGCGUCACCCCCGCCCUCAGAAAGAAAAGACUCUGUUCUGCAUCGCUUACUGGGCAUCGCCACGUACCCUGAUUUUUGGAAGAGUAGCUCUUCAGCAAGCGAGCUUAGAUUAAUCACUUUGUAAGUAGGCUCACUGCAAAUUAGAUGUCAGUUAAGGAGCUGCGAGAACGAUGAACUUAUUAUUAAGAUAAAAGAGGUGAGAUCUUGAAGUUUGUGUAGUCAUUUAGCAAAUCAGGAUUAAAUCAGCUUUUCAGUUCAGAAAUCGGGUGGUUGCAGUGUUCUCUGUAGAACAAUAGUUGUAUUUCCUUGUGGUCCAGGAUUCUGACAUGUUCGUACCCUCCACCCUCUCACCGGUACAAUAAAUCAGUCUGAAUAAAGAGCUGCAGAACUGCUUCUCCGACAGGUAGUGGUGGGUAGCACCAUUUGAAUUUUAAUGACACUGAAAUUAGAGCAGGUAUCAUAGUGCCUUCAAGUGUCACGAUGCAAACUGAAACUUUUUGGAAGAAGCAUUCGGGGGUUUUGUGGAACUGUAGGUAGGAGCGAGGAUCCUACUCUCUGCCCUUACCAGUCAUUUUAGGGAGUGCAGGAAGCUGCCAGUGCCAUGAGGACAUGGAAGUGGUGAUAAACAGCAGGAUGCUCAGACAGUCCGCCUGGGACCUGCUGCUGUGCUCCCCCUGGGAAGCACCCACCAGCCCCCAUCCCUCGCCCCUCGAUGGUGGAGGCAGGCCCAGCUCCAGUCUUCCCAGGUCAGAUCUCCCCGGAGGGCGAGGGCAAGUGCACUGGGGAUUUUCUCUGACAGUGGAAGCCACUCGGUGAGGUGAGGAUCUCCCCCUUCUCCUGGGCUGCUCUGCCCACCCGGAGUGCAGGGACCUCUUCUCCAGCACCCCUUUUCCCACGGCCCAGGGCCCUGCUGGCUCUGUGGGUCUCUUUCGCCUCUUUGCGCAGGGGGAGCGGAGGGCAGGGCCCUGCCGACUGCUGGGGCCCUGCCCACAGCACUGGUCGAGGGGGAGCACAGCAGGGCUCGGCUGCACCGCAGCAGCAUGAAGCAGGCUGCAAGAUGGACCAGUCGUCUCCAACCUACAUGCUUGCCAACUUAACCCACUUGCAUUCUGAACAGCUUCUGCAAGGCCUGAACCUCCUUCGCCAGCAUCACGAGCUCUGUGACAUUAUCCUCAGAGUUGGCGAUGUCAAGAUCCAUGCCCACAAAGUGGUGCUUGCCAGCAUCAGCCCGUAUUUCAAAGCCAUGUUCACUGGGAACCUUUCGGAGAAGGAAAACUCAGAGGUGGAGUUCCAGUGCAUUGAUGAGGCAGCCCUGCAGGCCAUCGUGGAGUAUGCCUACACGGGAACUGUGUUUAUCUCGCAGGACACCGUGGAGUCGCUUCUUCCAGCUGCCAAUCUUCUCCAGAUCAAACUGGUCGUGAAGGAGUGCUGCGCAUUUCUUGAAAGCCAGCUCGAUCCUGGCAAUUGCAUCGGGAUUUCCCGUUUUGCAGAGACCUACGGCUGCCACGACCUCUACUUGGCUGCGAACAAGUACAUUUGUCAGAACUUUGAAGAUGUUUGUCAGACGGAGGAGUUUUUUGAGCUUACGCAUUCUGAAUUGGAUGAAAUUGUUUCCAAUGACUGCUUGAACGUUGUGACAGAGGAAACCGUUUUUUAUGCGCUAGAGUCCUGGAUCAAAUAUGACGUGCAGGAGCGACAGAAGUACUUAGCACAGCUGCUACACUGCGUUCGGUUGCCGCUGCUGAGCGUGAAGUUCCUUACGAGGUUAUAUGAAGCAAACCAUCUCAUUCGUGAUGACCACACUUGUAAACAUCUGCUAAACGAGGCCCUGAAAUACCACUUUAUGCCUGAACACAGACUGUCCCACCAGACCAUGUUGAUGACACGACCUCGCUGUGCUCCUAAAGUUCUGUGUGCUGUCGGAGGAAAAGCUGGGCUGUUCGCGUGUUUGGAAAGUGUUGAAAUGUAUUUUCCCCAGAAUGACUCCUGGAUAGGCCUGGCACCUCUUAGCAUUCCCCGCUACGAAUUUGGAAUAUGUGUGCUAGACCAGAAAAUAUAUGUUGUAGGAGGGAUUGCAACCCACGUGUGUCAAGGCAUCAGCUACCGAAAGCAUGAGAAUUCAGUGGAGUGCUGGGACCCCGAUACGAACACUUGGACAUCUCUUGAAAGGAUGUUUGAGAGCCGGAGCACGCUGGGAGUGGUCGUUCUGGCAGGAGAGCUCUAUGCCUUAGGUGGCUACGAUGGUCAGUCUUAUUUACGAACUGUAGAGAAAUACAUUCCUAAAGUGAAGGAAUGGCAGCUGGUGGCCCCAAUGAACAAAACCAGAAGUUGUUUUGCUGCAGCUGUCUUGGAUGGAAUGAUAUACGCCAUCGGUGGGUACGGCCCUGCCCAUAUGAACAGCAUGGAGCGUUACGAUCCAAGCAGAAACCUGUGGGAGACAGUCGCUUCGAUGGCUGAUAAGCGAAUAAACUUCGGCGUCGGCGUCAUGCUGGGCUUCAUUUUUGUGGUAGGCGGCCACAACGGUGUGUCUCACUUAUCGAGCAUAGAGAGAUAUGAUCCUCAUCAAAAUCAGUGGACUGUGUGUCGACCCAUGAAGGAACCCAGAACAGGAGUCGGUGCGGCUGUAAUUGAUAACUACCUUUAUGUAGUUGGAGGCCAUUCAGGGUCAUCCUAUCUGAACACUGUACAGAAAUACGAUCCCAUCUCAGACACCUGGCUGGACUCUGCUGGGAUGAUGUACUGUCGAUGCAAUUUUGGUUUGACUGCACUUUGAUGAAAAGCAGGACUUUACGGACCUGACGCAAAGAUGGAGCUUAAUCUGCUUGAAAAUAAACCCUGCUGGUGGAGACCACAAGCUGCAUUUUCUGAAGCUGGAAGAGUUGGAGGAAUGUGGUGAAGUUGGGAUUGAAAUGAGGAAGGAUUUGUUUUCCUCCGGUAAAUGGCCUUUGUUACGCUAGUGCCAGAGGCAGAAGGAACGGAAAGCUUGUUACCAGCUGGGUUUAGAUAGCGUCCUGUUAACGGCAGUGAGUUUUAGAGAGUACUGUACAUGCCUGGGAUAUGAUUAGGAAACUUACUGUAUACCUAACCCUUCACUUUCUAGAGCUUUUCUCUCUUCCUCCUGCCUACUACAAAAUAUGAAGUUUACUGUGCUUGGGGUGAGAGGUGCGCGAAUGUGUUGAAUGACUGGACAGUUCGCUGAUAGUUGUCUGGUCGUGUCUUCAUAUUAAGAAAACGCCAGUGCUUCAUCUUUUUUUUUUAUGAACAGUAACUAAAGGGCUGCCUUGUUUUCUGUAUCUCAAGGUUUGUAAAUAAUAAAUGCCAUAGUCUGUUGCCUGUACACUCUCCUUCGUUACCCGCUUGCUGGUAGGAGGGCUGGGAUGGUAAUUAGUAACUACUUCAGGAAAUUUGCAAGGCAAACUUAUUGCCUCCUUGUGAAAUUUUUGGGUCUGCUGAAGAGAAAUCACAUUUUUAACUUCCCCUUAUACUUUCUUUUUGUGGAUAAAUGAGCGCUAGAUUAAAUAACUUAAUCUUGCUAGUCUGCUGUGCGUUUUCAGUUGUAAUCCAAGGAAAAAGUGCAACAGUCGCGCAUCGGAAGAUGCCACACGCAGCAUUCAUAGCAUGAUGUAAAAUAAACGCUCAAAAAUUAAUCCAUCCCGUCCUUCUCCCGAGCGCACUUGUGUCCGUAUUCCGUAUGACUUCCUUUUUUUAAAAGAAUGUAUGAUUGCUUUCUCAGAGUGUUCAGAUACAAAAAUGGUGCUACACGUAGGACUUAACGAUAAGGCUGUUACUGAUUUUUAGCGCGGUAUGCAUAAAGCAUGAUUGUUUUGAUUGUUCUAGUGGGUUUUUUUCUUAUUUGCUUGAUACAUUCGUGCCUCUGAAGACUGUCAAGAGAGCUCUGUUUGUUAAAUUAUUUUGGUUUUCAGAAGAUCUACGUUUAUCGUUCCUAUUCUCACAAACACAUAAAUAGGGAGUGAAUAGCGAGACCCCACCUCGGGUUCUUCAGACAGUCUUGCCUUUAACACGAGUUGCAACGAGUGAGAGGCACGGGGCAUAGUUGCUCAUCCCAAGCGCGUGUCCUGUCUAACGGAGUACUGAAGGCCAGUUCCUGUCAUGAACCAGAACCUCAAGAGGCGUAACUUUGUGAUAGCCCUAAACAUAGUGAAAAUUUGGGCAGAUAAAGAGAAGGUGAUGCCCUGGGAUAUAACCAUUAUUUAAAAUAGAUGAUGGAAUAAAUAUGAAUUUUAGCUAAUUUAGGAUGUUUUGGUUUGUCUUCUGAUUUUAACUAGGAAUCAUGGUUGUCUUGAAUUUCUGUUUUGAUGUCUGUGUGCGUAUUGCCAAGCCUGGUACUGAAGAAUUUUUUUCUGCCUCGAGUUGUUUCCCCCUUGUUUUAACAUGUUAAAUUAAUGUUUGUUUCCCCUUGUUUUUUCAAGCCCGUAUAGUAUUAUUUUUUGAAGGUGCAAUAAUAUAUGAAAUAGUUGCUUUAAAAGCCAUUUCUUUCUAAGUAUGCGACGUGGAGGGGUUUGAGUGUGCUUGAUUUAUUCUAAGUUCCUGCAAAGCUAAUUGCAGCCAGGCAAACAGUGGUGUUCCUUGUUCUUCCAUACGCUACUAUUCAGAUCUUAAACAGUCAAGGGGACGAGGGUGUUUUCACCAUAAAACGUUAUUCAAAGAUAACAGGUGUUUGCACAGAUUGUAAAAUCCUGCACGUAUUCUUCAAAUUUGGUAGAAUUAAGCAGGACUUUAAAAGCAAAUAAAAUCAACAAUUUCAGCAUUUUCAAUGCAGUUUAUUUGACCCACUAAGGAUUCUAGUUAUAUAGCAAUAAUAGCGUAAUUUCAAUUUCCCAGUGAAUCUGUUGAUGGGACACAAGUAGCUCCAUGGUUGUACGUUGCGUGUUUGUGCGUGGGGAGGAGAAGGAAGGGGGGCAGGUGUGGGGAUCAAGGGAGGUGUCUCGGCCCCUCGCGCAGAUUGCCUUCUCGUUCUGUUCAGGUAAAUGCACGAGCUGAGUGUUUCCAUGUGCUGUUUUACUUUUCAGUCUCUUUCACAGAGAUGCCAUUGAUUAUCAUAUCUUCCAAUCGUAUUUUUCCAAUAUACACCGAAGAUAAAGACGCUUAACAACAGAAUAUAAAAAAAAUCCUGACUUCAGAGGAGUUUAUGCCUGUUGUUGAUAGGAGGCUUUCCCCUCGGUGCGGUAUGUACCACACCCUUUAGGUACUGCAGUAGGAUUCCAUGAAUGAAGAUGCUCAUAGAUGUUCUGAUGGCAUUAGUAAACACAGUUUUCAGUUAGAAAGUGGUGCAAGGCAUAGAAACGGUUCUGACUUCAUCAGAACAAGAAAUCUGGUGGUCGGGGUGGUGUUGAUGGUUAUUCAGUGUUUAUAUAGACGGCUUUCGUUGAUGGAAGUCAACGCAAAAUGUUUUACUCUCUUUACCUAGGCAGCUGCAGUGUGAAACGGGGUCGCAGAGGGUGACCCCGUGUUGUGUAAUGAGGCAUUGCUAAAUUUAAGAUAGCAGCAUAAACAAUUUUGUUGGUGUGCAGGCUCGGUAUGAAGAACAGGAAAACUGCCUAAUACGCUGCUGCUGUUAGACGAGCUCCCUAGCUAGAAACGGAUCGAGCAGCGUAUCAACCUAGGGAUCGCGUCACUUCAAAUCAUGCCAACUUCAUUUUCUGUUCCGGGUGCUUGUCGUCCUGCUCACUGAAGUGCUUGGUUAUCGGAAGAUCAGACACAAUCAUCAGUUUAAACCUGCAUUUAAGGAACAGUACUCUCAUUGUAACGCCUGUCUUGCAGCUUAAAAAUUAAGGACCUUCAAAUAAGCUGUCAUACAACUAUAAAUUAUCAUCCAGUUCUAUUUCUUAAUCGCUCAAAAUUAUCUGUAAAGCACUUUAGGAUGGGUAUGAGUUUAUACGUGUACAUACAGUUCCUGAAUUCCUGUUUUUUUUCAAGAUAUUCAUCCAUAAGCUUCUUGACAGUCUCUCCUCCUACCAGGGAUGCUUUUCUUUCAGAAAAUCUAGUUGGAAUCUCUAGAGGGGCAAAUGUGUCCAGUCCACAUUACAAACGGUUAACUGUUUCUGGGAGAUAGCUAGAUGUUACUUUUGUGAAUUUGCCAUCUGUAAGUCCCCAUUCACUAUAUGAAACAAUGCAAAAUGUCCAAACUUGCCUUAAAUGCUUGAUAUUUAACUGAAACGCAAAGAACUGGAUGAUAAUUCCUAUUUUUUUGCCUUAUGUGCUGUGCUGUAUUUUAAACCCAAGGAUAACUAUAAUUUUUAGCAGGAUUUAAUAAUUGUACAGAGAAUACCAAAUUGUACUCGGACUUGACCAGAGUGCUUUGCUUGGGAGUAUAAAAAGAUACAUGUAGUUUUGUGUACGUAGAGUGUUUUUAUGUGUACCUCUUCUUUUUUAGCAGCGGUGUCCCCGUUUUGUUAUCGUUUACAAAAGUGGCAUUUGAGUUCAACAGGAAAAAUAACUGUAACCUGCAUUCUCGGUCUUUACUAGUGUUCUCGGUGUGUUUGCUCUUGUGAUAAUGCUCUGUAAGUGUUGUUGUACCUAUUUCAUUGAAUGUGAAACAGUUUAGUAAAUAAACCUGGGAAAAACUCA